AUGGUUGGCUCUAAAUGCUUCUUGCUUCGUAUUAAGAGUAGAACAAAUACUUUAAUGCGGGUACGGAUACGAGUAUGGAUAUGGAUAAAGCCAAGACCAUUAAUGAUGUGUGCACUGUAUCAUAAUAAUUAUAAGGAUCAAGGAGAAAAAUGUCUCCAAAAGGAGAAGAGGGAGGAAUAUGGAAAGCUGACAAAGAUAAAGAACAAUUUUGGCACAGCUACAUUUACGAUAAACUUGGUUCAAAAUAGAGAGAUCCAAAUGAUCCAAGGUGCUCUUCUCCAAAAGUUGCUUUACAACGCCACACAGGCCCUGUAA